AUGGCCUCAGUACAGGAAGCGGGCCAGUUCUAUCCGAGCAACGAACCUGUGAUUGGUGCAACAUAUCCCGGGACUGUCUAUCCCCAAAACGCCAAACUACCCAAAUUGUUCCAGCCGCUGACCAUUCGGGGGACAACCUUCAAGAACAGGAUCUUCGUCUCCCCGAUGUGCCAGUACAGCUCGGACAACGGCCAUGCGACGGACUGGCACCUGGUGCACAUCGGCGGAUUCGCGACCCGCGGCGCCGGGGCUAUCUGCAUGGAAGCAACCUCUCCGGUUCCUGAAGGCCGAAUCUCCCCUCAGGAUGCCGGACUCUGGGCAGACAGCCAGAUCGCCCCGCUCCAGCGUAUCGUGAAGUUUGCCCAUGCACACAGAACUCUGAUCGGCGCAGGAAGGCCUCCACGCUUCCUCCUUGGCUCCUGGGUCGCGCCCAAGGAAGACGGUGGAUGGCCCGACGAAGUGUACGGCCCCAGCGACAUCCCAUUCGCCCCGGACUAUCCGACGCCGAAGGCCAUGGACGAGGCGCAUAUGCAGUACGUCGAGGACGCCUGGCUGAAAGCCGUCGAACGCUGCAAGACCAUCGGCUUCGACUUCAUCGAGUUCCACGGCGCGCACGGGUACCUCCUGCACUCGUUCCUCUCGCCGCUGUCCAACACGCGCGCCGACGCGUACGGCGGCCAGCCGCUCGCGAACCGCAUGCGCUGGCCGCUCCGCCUCAUCGCGCGCGCGCGCGCCGCGUGGGACAAGCCGCUCUUCGUGCGCAUCAGCGCGACAGACUGGGCGGAGGGCCCCGAGCAGGCGCCCGACGGCACCUGGACGCAGUGGGGCAUCGAACAGUCCAAGGUGUUCGCCGGCGAGCUGCAGAAGCUCGGCGUCGACCUGAUCGACUGCAGCACGGGCGGACUCUGGGCGCAGCAGCAGAUCCCACUCGGGCCUGGCUACCAGGUCCCUUUCGCCGAACAGCUGAAGAAGGCCUACCCCAACCUGCCGAUUGGUGCGGUGGGCUUGAUCACGGAGCCCGAGCAGGCCGAGUCCUACCUCAAUGAGGGCAAGGCCGAUGUCGUCUUCCUCGCGCGGGAGCUCAUGCGAGACCCACACUGGCCGAUCCUCGCUGCACAGAAACUGGGUGUCGCUGUGAAACCAGCAAACCAAUAUGAGCGAGCUUGGCCUACUGUAAUCACACCGAAUACAGCGUAG